UUCUCUAUAUCAGCCUCAAAUCUCCUUCCUUUUCCAUUUACUGCGAGAAGAAGGAGAUUUUUGAGGGGGGAAAAGAAAAAAAGCUUUUGAUGGCAAUCAGAUUCUCCCCAAAACUCCUGAAGAAUCUCAGAUGUUUCAAUUCCUCUUCUUCUAUUGGUUUCGUGGGGAAACCAGAACGGUCCGUUCUGAAGCCACCAACGUCUCUGAUCGACGAUUUGAACUUUGACAAUGGAGAACAGCUAUUCUCUUCGGUACCCACUUCGCAACUCGUGAAAUCAAUGACAAAUCUUCACCUCGUAGCCUUUGAACCGGCCGUCGAUGUUGGAAUUAAGGUCAUGCGGUCGAGCCUAAUGGAAAACAAGUACUUUCGAGGCGUGUUAAUGGGGAUUAUAAAGAGAUCGAUCUAUGAACAUUUCUGCGCUGGUGAGGAUUUAGAAGAGGCGAGCCGGACGCUUCAGAGGCUUUGGGACAAUGGGUUGCGUGGGAUUUUGGAUUAUGGGUUGGAAGAUGCGACGGAUAACGAAGGUUGCGAUAGGAAUUUGGAGGAGUUCUUGAAGACCGUUGAGACGACGUCGUUGCUUCCGCCAUCUUCGGUGAGCUUUGCAUGCGUGAAGAUCACCGCAAUCUGCCCAAUUUCGUUACUGGAACGGAUGAGUGAUUUGCUGAGGUGGGAACAUAAGGACCCUUCAUUCCAUCUUCCAUGGAAGAUCGAAUCAUUGCCAUUCCUCAGCAAUUCCAGCCCUCUUUACCACACAACAUCUGAGCCAGAACCUCUAACUGAAAAAGAAGAAGAAGAUCUCAAACUAGCCCAACAAAGGCUUUCCAAACUAUGUGAGAAAUGCCACCAAACCAACCUUCCAUUACUCGUCGAUGCUGAAUACACUUCAGUGCAACCCGCCAUUGACUACUUCACUUACUCAGCUGCAAUCCGCUUCAACAACGAUGAAAAUCCCAUUGUUUAUGGGACGAUUCAGACGUACUUAAGAGAUGCGAAAGAGAGAUUGGUCAAAGCCGUCGAAGCUGCCGAAAGGAGGGGGAUUUCGAUCGGGUUUAAAUUGGUGAGGGGGGCUUAUAUGACGAGAGAAACUCAGCUGGCUUCUGCAUCGGGUGCUGCCUCUCCAAUUCAUUCGAGCAUCCAGGAGACGCAUGAUUGCUACAACGAGUGCACAUCGUUCAUGCUCGAGAAGAUUGCCGGAGGCCAUGGAUCGGUUGUGCUUGCAACCCAUAAUCUUGAAUCCGGGAAAGCGGCAGCUGCAAAGGCGGCGGAGCUGAAGAUUGGGAAGGGGAAUCAGAAGCUGCAAUUUGCUCAGCUGAAGGGAAUGGCAGAUGGGCUUUCACUUGGGCUGAGGAAUGGAGGUUUCAAUGUGAGCAAGUACUUGCCAUUUGGGCCAGUGGAGAAUGUCAUACCUUACUUGCUGAGAAGAGCUGAAGAGAACAGAGGCCUUCUAUCAGCAUCCACAUUAGAUAGGCAGUUAAUGAGCAAAGAGCUAAAGAGAAGAUUGAAGGUUGCAGUCAUGGGGAGGGAGCCUGACAAGAUAAUGACUUAGGCUAACCAUGUAUUUGAUGCCAAUAAUGUAAAGCUUUUGAUCAAUAUAAAAUAUUUUGGGAAUGAACCAUCUAUGAUGGGACCCAUCAGUUAUACAAACAGUGUUUUACAAGGAUAUUGUACAUAAAACAUAUACAGUAGAUAAGACAUUCGAUGACGAUUAUCAGCCAAACACAGUGGUUGCAGCACUCAUGACUUAUGUGAACAUGUGGAUAGUAACUCGAAUGAUGUUGAGAGGAUUUUUUCCUCCCCUGAGUUAUACAAACAGUGUUUUACAAAAACAUUGUACACAAAAUAUAUUUCAAUCUAAAAAUGUAUUUUUCUA